UCGCCAGUCGCUAUUUAGCAGUCAACCAAAACAUACGUUUAUCCGCGUACGGGAAAAUACUUCGUAAACUUUUAAAUUCGGUGCGCAUAGCCGGCGGCUAUAGUGUUUGUAAACAAUAAAAAUAAUAGUAUGAGGACUUAAUAAACAAAAAUGUCGUUUUGUCGGAUAACCGGUAGAAGUAGAGGGUUGCCUAAACCUAAUUAUUUUCCAUUGCUGGCUCCUAUAUCACCAGCGGAUGCGAAACGUUGUUGCAGAAUUACAGGGAAGUCGUAUGGGCUUCCAUCUCACCAUUACAUUCCAGUUCUUUUAGCUUCAAGAAGCGGAAAAACAAAGUGCAAAAUAACAAAUGUAUCAGGAGAGCUUGGACCACAUCACUAUUCACCUGAAAUUAACUAUGGGAACAGAAAGCAUGAUGUUUUGCCUGGAUACAGAUAUAUAUUCCCCGUUUUGGAUGGUUCUACAGAAGCCCAAAAAGCACUUAUUGAAAUGCUUUCUAUGAAACAAAUUACGGAAGAUAAAAAAUAUGUUUAUACAGUUGAUGAAAGAAGGUGUAGCUUAGUUUUUUGCGCUCGAAUGGAAGCAGCAGUGCGUGAUGGUGAUGUCAGGGAUGUUAUGCUUGCUAAAGAUUCGGAUACAGUGUUAAUCAAAACAAAACAAGGCAGAAAUGUUUCGAUGGAUUUCAAAGAAUUUGCUGAAGAUGUGGAGAUGUUUGAAGGUGAGGGGCCAAAUGCUGAAGUGUUGAGACAGAGAGAAAAGGAAGAAAUAGAAGAAAAGAAGAAAAAGAGAAAACGUGCUGCUGCUUUGUCUUCAAUGAAAAAAAUAUUUGAAAAUAAAGAAAAAUUAGCUGAAGUUCAAGAAAUAGAGGAAGAUAAACUAAAACAAGAUCGGAUGGCAAAGAAAGCGAAAUUGGAAGUGCGCCAUGAAAAACAUGAUCUUAAAAGUGUUUCAUACAACAACUUUGACUUGGAACAUAUGCGUUCAAAAUCUAGUAUGAUUAUGUGCAAUGGUGAUUGGAGAGAUCAAGUGCACCCACUUAUUGAAUCGUUUGAUUGGGAUUUGUUUGAUAAACAUAUUAAUGAAGAUAGUUACUGCCCUAAAGUUAAUGUGUUGCCAACGCCUUUACAAAUAAUACCAUAUCAUUGUGAAGCAGAAAUAUAUCAAGUUGAUAAUAAUAUUUCAGAAAAUUCGGUUUCUCUUGAAAACGUUCCUUGCAUUAAUCCUUUAAAACCAAUAAAAAGUAGGCCUUCCGAAGAAAUUAUUAAUGCUAUUAAAGAAAUAGCCCACGACCGAUUGACUGAAACUUUAAAUGUUACAGAAAAAAUGCUACUUGCAAAUAAAAUGGAUAUGAUACCGAACCUCGAAGAUUUGCCUGAAAUUGUAAAGCAUAUUAAAAAAGGUAAAAGAGAAAAAGUGGCAAAAGUACCAGGAUUAACCCUUGACAUUAAUAAAGCAAAAAAGUUUGUACCAGGCCAACAUGUUAACACACCUCAAGGACCUGUGUUUAUAGCAGGACAAACAGUAGAAACUCCUUCUGGACCUGUUUUCGUACCAGGGCUUAGUGUAAAUACGCCUCUAGGCGUUAACCUCAUACCUGGGCAUAUUAUACAAAAUGAAAAUAACAAUGAAUCUGUUUUUCUCGCUGGUCAAAUUAUACCGACACCUGAAGGUGAUAAAUUUGUUUGUGGUCAAGUGAUAAAGAAUAAGGAUAAUAGCUACCGUUUUACAGAAGGGCAAACGGUCCUGACUGAAGAAGGCUUUAAAUUUGUGCCUGGUAAAACUAUACAUACAUGCUCUGAAGACGUAUUUGUACCGGGACAAACACUUUCAUCGCCCGAUGGUAUACAAUUCAUACCUGGACAGACUUCUACUGAAAAUGGUGACAUUGUAUUUACGCCUGGACAGAAUGCAAAAAUUGACAAUGAAUGGCAAUUUGUACCUGGUCAAGUGGUACAUAAAGAUAAUGAAUCGCACUUUGUACCUGGUGCAACAUUGGCUACUCCAAAUGGUCUUAAAUUUAUACCGGGUCAAACUGUCUCUGUAAAUGGAGAGCCUUGCUUUGUGCCUGGAAUAACAAGAAAGGAUGAAUCGGGAUUAAAGUUUAUUCCUGGAACCAAUGUUGACACUCCUGAUGGACCCAAAUUUCUUGAAGGCCAAAUUAUACAAACUAAUUUCGGAGAAAAGUUUGUACCUGGUAAAACCAUAACACUAGGAAAUGGUAAUGUAGAAUUUUCUAUAGCUAAGUCAAUUGAAGAUGUACAAUUUUCUGAUAGCAUGCCUAUUGGCUUACCUAUUAAUAUUAAAACUUGUUCUGUGUCCGAAGAAUCGCUAUACGUAUUUGGUCAUAUGGUGCAAACAUCAAAAGGAAUUGAAUUCUAUCCAGGGUCAAGAGUACCUAAAAAUGAAGGAAAAGUAGUACCAGGACGCUUGGUCAAAAAUGACGUUGGUGAAUCUCGAUUUGUACCUGGAACAAUGGUCGAGGGAAUAUUUGUACCUGGUCAAAUUGUAUUUACUGAAAAUGGAGAGCAAUUUGUACCCGGCCAAGUAGUUGAUACCAGUGAUGGACCAAAAUUUGUCCCUGGCCAAGUAGUCAACACAAAAAGUGGUCCAAAAUUUGUUCCAGGUCAGACUAUUCAUACCAUAGAUGGCCCCCGAUUUGUGCCGGGGCAGAUUAUAGAAACAAAAGCUGGACCCACCUUCAUACCAGGUCAAGUUAUAUCUACAGAUGAAGGCUCACGAUUUGUGCCUGGUCAAGUAGUUGAUACAGAAGAAGGUCCACGUUUUGUUCCUGGACGAGUUAUAGAAAACGAUGACAAUGGUGUUACAUUUGUUCCUGGUCAAAUUGUGCAGACACCCGAAGGUCUGAAGUUUGUUGCUCCUGACUUGAUCGAAGGUGAUGAGGGUUUAGAAUUUUCGGUACAAAGCUUUUUGGUAACCCCUGAGGAACUAAAGCUUCUAAAAGUUAAAACCAACCCUAACGAUACUACUUCAACAAAAGGAGAGCUAACAAUAGACACUAAUAUGUUAAAACAAUUAUCUGAAGCUGGAAUGUCCAUUGGAAGACAAGUGCCUGCUGAGUUACCAGCGAUUAAUGUUAUUUUAAAUGAAACUAAAAACGCUGAGGCUUUGAAAGAAUUUGCAUUAGAUUUUGGUCUUAAGGAUACUGUAGCAAAUCAACUGAUGGACGUUAUAAAAUCCAUAAUUGAAAUGAGUGUACAUCUAAAAACUGAAAUAGGGCAAAAUGCUAAUAAUAAUGGUAUUGUGAAGACAGAAAAAUCUCAUAAAAGCAGAAACAUUGAAAAUUCAAAAGAAAACGAAAGUACGUCUGAAGAAAAAGCACACGAAGAAAAUAUUAAGAAUUCAAUUGCCGCUGCCGUUUUAGCUGCUUUAGUUACAGCAGAACAAUUCCAGGAGAUUAAUAAUAACAAUGGAAAAGAAAAAUAUCAACAAAUUUUAAAAUCUAUUGAUACUAUUCUAGGGAAAACGAUCGAUGAAGAUUUCGUUACUGCUAUGUAUAACAUUCUUCAAAAAGACGACGAAAAAGAAAUACUGUGUGAUGAGAUAUUGGAAAACACAACUAAACCCAAAUUAGAAUUAAUAAGAAUAGCUGUGAAUCGUUCGUCUGAAAAUCAUUCCUUUACAGAAAAAGAAAUUGUGGAUAAGUUCAGUGACUUCUUGAAAAGUGAAAAUGAAGUUCUAGGUCCGGCAUUCAAAAACAUUACUAAAACCGAUACAAAUCUUCUUCAUCACGUGCUUGGGCACAUUUCAGAUAUGAUUUCAUUUGUGAAAUCAGAACAGGAUGCUGCAGAAUCUUUGCAAAAAGCUAUUGUAUCCGCUGUCCAAGAAACCAGUAGCCAGACUAUAAUUAAUAUGCUACAAGACACGGACCCAGAGCAAAAGGAACUGAAGGAGUUAAUAAAGCAAUCGAUAGGCCUCGCCCGAGUUCUUGGAAUGAGCGACGUUGCAAAACACUUACUAUGCGUAUUAAAAGAUGACACGAGCUUGUCUCAAAUCGCAAAUGAUGAUAUAAGUAUGAACAUAUUAAAAAGACUGACUGUAAUGAGAAAACUUGCUGAGCAAACUCCAGAUCUGCACGAAGCGCUCGUCCUGCUUGGUAAAUGCCCCGAAUCAGCUCGCACCGAUCCCAAACUUAGAGAAUUAGUACGAGAAAGUGCUGCCCUCAUGAUCAUACCGGAGGAAGCUCCUUUAUUGACUUCUGCUGACGUGCCUUUGAGUUUGCUUCAACCUGAAAAUAGUCUCGCUAUGGAAGACUUCCUAUUUAAGCGAAAGAAGUGCUCCGGUGCUUUAUUGAUUAUGAAAAAAGGAUUACAGGCCGUUGUACCGCGAGAAGCAAGUAGAGCGGUGCUAACUGGUGAAAUAGCUUACACAGUGCUCGAUGAAAAUGGAAUAAAAUACUUUGAGCCUCUCCAUGUAUUUUCUGCUCUGAACUUAAGUCAACCAAUUGCUCACCGCUUUAGUAUGUACAGUUGUCCAAUCGCAGACGAAAAAGAUGACGAUUUACAAAACUACAAUGGCUACUGCAAUAUAAGCAACAGUCAAAUAACAACAAGAUUAGGAUUAGGACGUAGAUAUAGUAAUGCUAAUCCGGACAGAGAAACAACUAGAAACAGAAUACAUAAUUAUGAUUACACGCCGAGUUACAAACGAUAUCAGUCUCGUUCUUCGACCAGAUCGCGAUCUACAUGUAGCAAAAGUCCACCGAAGGUAGACGACGUUGUUGUUGCAACGAGCGAUUAUACUGCGGUGGCAGAUGACGAGGUUUCGGUUAAGGCUGGGGAUAUUGUCGAGGUUCUUGACACGAAAACAGCCCUUGGUUCCAAGUGCCGGCUCGAUAAAGAGCUGGAUGUGGAGGUGGAACUUCUGGACUCUUCAGCAGCCAGGCAUAAGAUUGCAGUGCGUCCGAAGAAAAAUCACCCAAAAGUGAAAGCUGCCCCGAAACAGAACGGAGAAAGAUGGCUGGUCCGUGUCCUAGAAGACGUUCAAGGCGACGAACUCAGCUCACGUCAGGGCUACGUGCCGGCCCAUGUUCUUCGAGAGAAGGAACCAGAGAGGGAUAUGACGGCGCUCGCUGCUAGACGACAGGCUGUGAUUCGUGAACUCAUAGAGACCGAAGAGGAGUUUGGAAGGGAUAUGCAACAAGUCGUCAGUCAGUACAUGAGGCCGAUGGACAAGACGACCACGCCCAAACCUGUCUUCGAAAGCCGAGAGUUUCUGUUCUCUAAUUUUAAACAGAUCUGCGAAUUUCAUAAUACAUCUCUGCUAGAAGGCAUAAAGUACUACGCGGCAGAUCCUCGUAUGUUGGGAAGAGCAUUAUUGCGUAUGGAGAGAGAGUUCGACAAACACGUGGCUUACUGCAGGGACGAACCCAAAGCCCAGCAGCUUUUAAGCGCACAUCCUGUUAUCAAGAAGUACUUUCAGGAAAUAGCAAAGAAAGUUGGUGACGAUAAAGGCCUAGCCGAACAUCUGAAACUCCCCAUACAACGAAUCAACGAUUACCAACUCCUUCUCAAGGAAUUGGUGAAAUACUCAAAACGUCUCGGCGACGAAUCCACCGACCUUCAAAAGGCGUUAGAACUUUUCCUCGGUGUCCCAAAUAGAGCGACAAAUAACCUCUUCAUUGCUAGUAUCGAAGGCUUUCGCGGAAAUAUAUACAAGCUUGGAAGACUACUUACGCACGAUUGGUUCACUGUUGAAGUAGAAGGGACUAAAGAAAAUCUCUAUCUGUUUCUCUUUAAAGCGAGGAUCCUCAUAAGUAAGAUAAAGAGAGUGGCAGACGAUCGAUCUGUCUUUGUACUGCAACAAAUUAUAAGAAUUCCUGAUAUAGAAAUCAAAGAUCAUCCGGAAUCAUUAAAAUUUGAACUACAUCAAAAAGACCCGCCAUUGAUAUUCAUUCUAAAGGCUCAGAAAGAACAAGUAAAGACCGCUUGGUUACGUGAAAUCCGCCAAUACGCGAGUGAUUUAGUUGCUUUAGCAGAACACGCAGCGGAUGAUCUACAGGUUUUACCUCAAGAAGAUUUAUAUAAGGAAGAAGAUAGCCCUGAAAUACAAGAAGAAACUAAAAAGAGAGAGCGUUCAGAAGAGGUAACAGAAUACUCAAAGGAGAAAAAAUCCCGUGUUGAAGAAUCCGAGGAAAAUAAAGAGGAAAGUCAAAUUCCCACAAAGAGGAAAGCGUCUCUUGAAAGUGAUAUUGCAACGAAACUAUCUAAAUCAGAAAUAGUAGAAGCUACAAGUGAAUUUCAAGAGACCUUAAGUACUACUCAAGACAUAGUCACUGUUGAUUUAGAAUCUAAAUCAGUUGUGACACAAGAGAGUACUCAAGUCAGCGAAGUUCAAUCAAUCACAUCGCAGUCACAAACAAGUCAAGAAAUUAUCCAAGAAGAAUUCGUCGAAGCAGCGCUACAAGAAGUGUCGGCUUCUAAAGAAGUUUCAACGACACAAACUGUUCAAGUCCAUUGCACUGAAGUAUUUGCACAAGGAUCUGUUCAGGAAGUAGUAGAAACCGCUUGUAAAACUCAGAAAAGUGAAACUACUGUUGAAGCGUCACAAGAUAACGUUGUAAGCGUCUCGCAGCAAUCUAUUGAGAAACUUGAAAGUUUGUCUGUCGAAGAAGCUCGGCUAGAGACAGAAAUAAAAUCAGAUUCUCCUAAUAAUAGACCUGACGAAACUGCUAAAAAAGACUCAUUAAUAGCCGUUAGCAGACAAACCUCUAAAGCUAGUAAAACAUCAGAAGAAACUUCAGUACAAAUAUCGUCUGGUGAAAACGUUGUAACUAAGAAAGAAGACGUAUCUGAACAAACAUCUGAAGUUGUAGAAACUAGUAAAGCAGAACAAAAGCGACCCUCUAAAACUAAACGUGAGUCAAAAAAGAAGACAGAAUCAGUUGAUUAUAGCGAAGAAGAAAAAGACGUCACACAAAUAAAAUCUUCACAAGAAACGGUUUCAGUCACAAAACAAACUGAUCAAGCACAAGAGAGUUUAGAAGUAAAUGUUAUUGAUACAUCUAACCAAAUCCCGAGUUCUGAAAAGGUAACAGAGCUACCAGAAAAAGAAAAAACUUUUGAAAGUGUUAGCGAGGAAUUUACUAAGCAAAAAGAUAAUACAGAAGUUGCUUCAAAAGAGUCCGCACUUGACACAAACUCUGCAAUAACCUCAGAAGAUAAAGUUGUAACAAAAAGCCAAACUGUUGAAUCAGAAGAAACAGGUGAAGAGAUGUCAUCGAGAUAUAGCCGCUCUUCGCGGCUUUCUGGAGAAUAUUCCAGUAGUACCCGAAAAUCUUCGACAGGGGGCCGAUACGAAUCUUCCGAUGGAACCGGUAUCUCUACGUACUCUCGCCGCGAGAGUGGUUCACGUUUAGAGAGCAGUCGUAUUGAUUUAGGAAGCUCCAUUGAAGGAUCGGCUGCUUCAAAAUAUGAAUCCAAGUACUCAACGAGUGCCAUAGAUAACGGUUCAAAGUACGGAGUGGAGUCCAGCUUUGAGAGCCGGAGUUCAAUUAAAGACGGCUCUAGGCAUGGAGUAGAGUCUACGUACGAAAGUAGGCGAUCCAUCAAGGACGGUUCGAAAUAUGGAAUCGAAUCUGGCUACGAAGGAAACAACUCUACAAAAGAUUCGAUUGAGUCGAGUUACGAAAGCAGGAGGUCCAUCAAGGACCGAUCCAAAUACGACAGGACCAACUCUAUCAAGGAUGAAUAUGGUGUUGAGUCAAGCUAUGAAAGUAGAAGAUCAAUCAAAGACGCCUCCAAAUACGGCGUUGAUUCUAGUUUUGAUAAAUCAAUUAAAAGCUCAGCUCUCGAAUCGAGCUAUGAAAGAAGCAACUCGAUUAAAGAAUCGAAGUAUUCUGAAGAAUCUGAGGUUGAGAGCAAAAUUGAUAGCAUCGCCGCUAAAUACGGUCUCAAUAAUAAUAUUGAAACCAAAUCUACAAAAGUUAUCGAAGCUGGUUAUGAUGUAGAAAUGGACGCUCCAAGCAAAAUCGAUAGUAUUGCCUCUAAAUACGGUCGCAACUCUAUCACAGAGAGUUCAAAGUCUAAAACUCGUUCCACAAGAUUAAACAUAGAAUCAAGUGUUGAUGGUAACAAUGUGGAAGCUGAAUCUCAAUUCGAAUCAAAACGCCAAAGUAAGGCCAACGGCAGAACGGUCUACGAAGAGGAAUUCUCCAAAAACGCACUUUUGAACGGAUCUGUGACCAGCGAAUAUGAAUCAAAGAAAUCGGUUUCUAAAUCCGAUUCUUUCGAUGGAAGACCUAUUUUUACUAAGACUUUAGAAGGCCAGAACAUUGAACCCGGCGAAAAUGCCUUAUUCGAAUGCGACAUCCAAUCUUCUGAGGAGUUGGAUGUAACUUGGCUGAAAGAUAACAAGCCCCUAACGGACAAACUGAUGGACAGAGUCAAUGUUAUAAAGAGAGGAAGUGUUCACAAACUGGAAGUAAAGCACUGUAGGGAAGAUGAUGCUGGGCUGUACACGGCGCGUGCGCAGAAUAAAACCGGCAACGCCCACUGUACCGCACAGCUGAUUGUACACGAGCUAACACCAGAAGAGAGAAAGCAAAAGAAUGCCCUCAAUGCGCCCUAUUUCAUAGUAGCUCUUAAGGAUACUGAGAUAUUGUUGAACACUUACCUACGAUUCAUGGUUAAGGUCAAGGGAAACCCCAAUCCUGAUGUCAAGUUCUACCGCGAAGGCAAAGAAAUAACAACAUGCCUGGACAGUGACCGGGUAUCAAUUGUACGUACUCGCGCCGAAAGGGGCUGCUACGAACUCGUAAUCUCUGAUGUGAAUGUGGCCGAUGCGGGCAAAUACUCGUGUAAAGCUAUCAAUAUAUAUGGCGAUGUUGAAUCAGAAUGCACAGUAGCUGUUGUUGAUGACAAGAACAUAUUUGGGGAGCUGCCACCCGGCGGGGAGGGUCUAUUGGCGAAGGGCGAAAAGCCGGUGUUCGCCUGGAAACGCGAUGGCCUUGAAUUUGACCCUGAAGAGAGGUUCAAGGUUCUCCUCGGAGACGAUGAGGAUUCCCUAGCGCUGGUCUUCCAGCACGUGAAGCCUGAAGAUGCUGGGAUGUAUACUUGUGUUGCUAAGACAAGCACUGGAAAUAUUUCCUGCUCUGCCGAACUUACUGUACAAGGUGCCGUCAACUACCUCCACCGCGAGCCCGAAAAGCCAACCCUGGAGAUUGAACAUCGGGAAGCUGUGGUGUCUAGUGGUGGAUCAGCCAUGCUGGAGCUGGUCUGCAAAGGCUACCCGAAGCCUACUGUGGUCUGGAAGCAUAAGGGAGAUGUUGUCGAAGCCGAUGCAAGACAUAAGUUCUUGCACGAAGACGACGAGAACAUGUCUCUGGUCAUCAAGAAUGUGACAUCAGCUGAUAGCGGCGUGUAUGAAGUGACAGCGUCCAACGACCUUGGAGAUGAUACCACUUCCUUCAAUCUGGUGGUGACUGCUCCACCCAAAAUUAAGAAGAAGAUUGAGAACCAGACUUGCAUGGUGGAAACAUCUCACACAGUCCGUAUUGAGGUGGAAGGUACCCCUGCACCUGAAGUCAGCUUCUAUAAAGACGGAGUUCUAAUCACCAGCUCAGACCGCAUCAUCAUCACCAAAGAAUCCGACGAGGUUUACACCAUCACCAUUAAAGAUGCCAAGCUUACAGAUUCCGGAUCGUACUCCAUUGUUGCUAAAAACGAGGUGAACCAAUGCUCUGACUUCUGGCAGUGGCAUGUGACGUCACCGCCCAAGGUCAUCAAGAAACUGGGCGAAUCUAAAGUCUGUGAAGAGAAGGAAACUGUCACCUUUGAAGUUAAAACCGAAGCUGAACCCGCACCGACUGUCACUUGGUUCAAGAAUAAGACAGAAUUAAAAGAGUCAUCAGCGAUCAAAAUAUCAUCAUCGGGUGAAGCACACAAGUUGGUGAUCACCUCAGCAGCCAGGGCUGAUGCUGGAGAAUACUCUUGUGAGAUUCGUAACGUACACGGCUCAACGAGCGAUUCGUGCCUCUUGAACGUGCGUUGCGGGCCCGUAUUCACGCAACGGCUCAAGGACACCACUUCGAGUGAGGGAGAUGUCAAUGUUGAGUUCACUGUCGAUGUCGAAGCCUAUCCCGAACCUAAGGUGCAAUGGUACCUCGGUGACGUAGAAAUAACCGAAAAGAAGUCGGUGUACAGUCGCAUAGACAACGGAAGUACGCACAAACUGAUAUUGAAGGAGGUGUCAGCUGAAAUGUCAGGACAAUACUCCUGCAGGGUCACUAAUGACCUCGGCGCUGAUUCCUGUCAAGCUACCUUCACUGUCAACAGAAAACCCCGCAUCACGAAGAGCCUGAUAGACAUGACGGUGGAUGAAGGUCAAACCCUGAAGCUGGAAGUGGAAGUAGAAGGAUGCCCAGAACCGAAGGUCAAAUGGUACAAAGAUGGAAAGGAAGUGAACACUGAUGCGAGAAUCAAGAUCGAACGGGAUACGAAAAGGUUGGAGAAUUAUAACCUCACUGUAACGUUAGUAAAGGAGGAAGAUGGUGGGGAAUAUGAAGUUCGAGCUGAAAAUGAAAUGGGAAGCGUUUCGUGUAAGAGUACAGUCACCGUACACACCAAAGAAGUUCAUUCGAGGUUCACGAAGGAAACACUCACUGAAAAUGAGUUGGAUGCAGAUUGUGCAGAAAAACAAAAGAUUGUUGAAGACUUGCUCGACGAUAAAGUCAAGAAAAUAGCUACAAAAGAAAAAUCUAAGUCUGAAGUUGCCGAAGAAAAAUCAGUAUUAGACGACGAUGCUAAGGCUAAAUCAGUUUCGUUUGAAGAGGUCGAUAAGCCCGUUUCAAAUAAAGCUAGGAAAUCUCUAACAGAACCCGAAAACAUUGAAAAAAAAUCAGUUGAUGAUGUGAGUUUGCGUGCAGUUUCAGUAGAAGAGGUCGAAUCAGUCGCAUUCAAACCAAAAAAAUCUGUCACAGAACCUGAAACCCUUAGUGAGAAUUUGAUAAACGAACAAGAUAAUGAAAGGCGAAAUUCCAUUGUUACCGAUCUUGAAAAACCUGCUAAAGCGAAAAAAUCGUUCACUGAGCCGGAAGUUGCUGAGGAAAAAGAGCUACUAGGUGAUUCUAAUAAAUCUAAAUGUACUACGGAGAGUGUUGAUGAAGCGAAACCAUACAAAGCUCAAAAGUCUGUAACGGAACCAGAAAUUGUUGAAGAAAAAUCAUUUUGGGAUGAUGUAGAUAACGAUGGAAAGACCAAAACUUCUAAAGUUGAGAAAGUAGAAUCUGUUCCACGUAAAGCUAAAAAAUCAGUUACUGAGCCGGAAGUCGCUGAAGAAAAAGAGCUACUAGAAGAUUCUAAUAAAUCGAAAUGUACUACAGAAAUUGUUGAUGAAUCAAAACCAUACAAAGCUCAAAAGUCCGUAACAGAACCGGAAAUUGUUGAAGAAAAAUCAUUUUGGGAUGAUGUAGAUAAUGAUAGAGUGACCAAAACUAAAGUUGAGGAAGUAGAAUCAGUUCCACGUAAAGCUAAAAAAUCAAUUACUGAGCCUGAAGUAAUCGAGACAGGGUCUGUUAUCGAUGAAAAUCAAAAUGAAGUCAAAAAAGUUAUCGAAGAAGUAGGCACUACAGUACAGCAAGCAGAAAAGACCGUUACUAAACCAGAAAUAAUCGAAGAAGUGGAAAUUAAGUCUCCGAAACGUAAAUCUAUUAAAAAACAAUCUACUGCUGAAGAACCAUUGAGUGCUGAUACUGAAGGCCGAGUUUUCGAAACAGUAACCACGUUCAAGUCAGGUGAUGAUGGCUCAAUUACUGUAUCUAAAGUCAGCAGCACCCGUUCGCACGGUGCCAUAAUAACAGGUCCAGCCGAAACGCGCACAUUACAUAAAAUGACUACAACUGCUAUGCAUUAUGAUGAAAAUGAUGAAUGCGAUAAAAAAAUAAUAAUUCCUAAUAAACCACACACAACUUCACUCGAAGUGGAAGAGAUAGCUAGUCAUAGCUACUUCUUAUCUGAGCUAGGGUAUUUCACUAUACCUGAUCACAUAAGAAGGGGUACAUACGGAAUUAUUGAAGAACCGCAAACCGACUCAGACGCUGAUUCAAUUCCUCGGAUGGGUCGGUACGGCGGAAACCGUACAUAUUCUAUUAGGUCUGCAUCUGAAGAUGAAAUGAGUUGGCAAAACGAUUCUCUAUCCCGAGAAAUAUCUAUUGAGGAUCUGUCUAAAUCACUUUUCGAAAUAGACGAAACCAAGAAAGUAUUCAGCAAGGACUCAUACGUGCGUCAAACUUCUUUCAAAGAAGAUUAUUACACGAAUGAAGGGGAGGAAGAAUAUGUUAUUCUAAAGGAAAAGUCUGAAAAGGUAUUUGAGCGUGACGUCACGGAAAAACUUAUAGAUAUAACAAAAGAAUUCGAAGAUGGCGAAUAUAUGAAAUUCGGAAGUAAAAAAGAUAAUAUUAAAAAUAGACUUAUUGAAGAAUUAGUUUUAGAAUCUCCUAAAAAUAUCACUAACAUAACGAAAAAUAUAGCCGAAACAACAGUAGAACGGAAGAGAAAGAUAGAUAAAAGUUUAUUCAUUGUGGAGGAAGAAGACGGAAACAUCGAAGAGUUAUUGAAGAGAAGCCAAAGACAACGCAGCAUUCUUGACGAUAUUUUAAAUUCGGAAGAAGAAAAAGCAUCACCCAUAUUAAAAGAAAGCAGUAUGAAAGAUGGUCACACGUUCGAAUCCCUACCAUUAGUAUACACAGUUGAGGCGGUUGGUAAGCCAAAGCCCACAGUCCGUUGGCUUCAUAAUGGUGAAGAGGUUAAACCAGAUAAAGGAAUCCACCUUACGAAUGAAGGUGAUGUUUACAAACUAGCGAUAGAUGCAGUGGAUCUUAAGGAUAUUGGUAAAUGGCAAUGCGAGAUCAGCAACAAACUUGGCAAACAAGUUUUAGAUGCAGAACUGGCCGUUUCUCCGGUGGCCGAAUACCGCAAACCAAUCUUCAGGCAACCAUUAGAAGCUCAACGCGUAAUGCAAAGAGAACCCGUCACUCUCAAAGCCAUCUGUACGGCUGAUCCGCUACCACAUGUCGCCUGGCUCCUCAAUGGAAAUGAGAUUGUACCGGAUGCAACUGUUACUACCAGUGCAGAUUCAAAGGAACUGGAGCAUGGUCUGAAAGAGUGCAUCUUCACACUACAAAUUCCUACUGGUCGUCAUCAAGACACAGGAGUGUACACGAUCCAGGCGAAGAACCAAUACGGCAUCGGAGAGUGUUCAGCUCGUCUCGACAUCCUUCUGAGGCCAGAAAUCGAAGGACUUAAAGACGUCACAACGGUUCCCUAUGAAGAAACCACUUUCGUCGCUAAUAUCAGAGCUAAUCCUAUUGCAGAAGUCAAAUGGAGCAAAGAUGGCUACGUGAUCCAACCUUCGGCUAACAUCGAAAUCAACGAAGAUCUCGCAAAGGAGACAUACAGUCUUACAAUUAAGAAGAUAGGAGUUGCAGAUGCUGGAGUUUACACUGUCACCGCUAAGAAUGAGAUCGGAGAGACCGCUCAACAGGCUAAACUCACUGUUCAUACCAACGAACCCCAAUUCACAAAACCGCUUCAAAAACAAACUGUCAAAGACUACGAUGACGUCACUCUUAAAGUUCGAUGCGAUGGAGUGCCAAAGCCAGAUGUCAAAUGGUACAAGGAAGGAAUCGAAUUAGCUAAUGAUGAACGAAGGACUAUCACCACUGAGGUGGGGGGACAAGUGGACAGCGAGCUCGAGAUUAAGCACUUCAAUCCAUCGGAUGCUGGAAAGUACAAAGCAGUAGCGAGAAACCUCUCAGGUGAAGCGAGCACGGAGGCGGAAAUAUCUCUUGCGCAGGUGUCCCCCGGCUUCGUACAUAAGCUGGACCGGCAGAAGGAAGUCGACGAAGGGGAACCCUUGGAGCUGAAGGCCAAGGUCGACGGCAGCCCAAUUCCUACCGCUCAAUGGUUUAAAGACGGCGUAAAACUCCCAGCCGACGACCACGUGAAGCAAGUAUCUCUUCCAGAUGGUACCAUUAAACUGAGUAUCGAUCACGUGACACCAUCAGAUUGCGGCGCUUACAAACUCAUUAUCACCAACCCCAACGGCGAACACUCCGCCUUGUGCGCUGUUGCUAUUAAUCCAACACCGCGUAAACCCUCAUUCAGUCAAGAGUUGGAAGACACGAAGGUGAUGGUGGGUCAACCUGUGAAACUGGAAGCCAGGGUUAUGGCCUUCCCAGCGCCUGAGGUCAAGUGGUUUAAGGAUGGUCUGCCCAUCCGACCGAGCCAAGCCGUGAACUUCAUUAACCAACCUGGCGGUGUCAUCGGUCUGGCCAUCGAUGCCUGCAAGCCCGAAGAUGCCGGAGUUUACUCUCUUACUCUCUCUAAUAAGCUGGGAGAAGCUGCUUCGAAGGCUUCUGUUGAGGUUGCACAAAAAGAACGUAAACCAGCAUUUAUAGCAGAGCUGAUGCCGUCCAAAGUGAUCGAAGGGUUCCCUGUCAAGAUGGAAGUCAAGGUCCUCGGCCAUCCUCAACCGAUUAUCAAAUGGACGCACAACGGCAAAGAAAUAGUCCCUGAUGGUGAAAGAGUCCGCAUAGUCGCACAACCGGACGGAACUCACGCGCUACUGUUCAGUAAGGCCACGGCAGAAGAUGCAGGGAAAUACGGCGUUGUUGCCAUCAACGAUAAAGGAGAAACCGCCAGUACUGCCGAACUUAGUGUUGCCAGCCGAACCGAUGACACCAGCCCCGAAGAGCGUCCACAGUUCCUACAGAGUCUACGUGAAGUAACAGCUGAUGAAGGCCAGCCCUUAACACUCUCCGCACCUUUCGUCGGAAACCCCGUACCUGAGGUAUCCUGGAGUAAGGAUGGACAGGAUCUUAAGCCCAAUGACAGGAUUCUGCUUACGUGCGAUGGCAAACGGGUGGGUCUGGAGAUAAACCCAAUAGAGAAACCAGAUGCAGGUGUAUACUCCGUUAAGCUGGUGAACCCAAUGGGAGAGGACAAGACCGAAGGCAAGGUUCAUGUGAGGAAAGUCUUCCAGCCGCCGGCCUUUACGCAAAAGUUCACUGAUUUGCAACAGCUACCAUCAUUCGACGCGAAAUUCCCAGCUCGUAUAUCCGGAAUACCCGCUCCGGAAGUGACGUGGUACAAAAAUGGUGCCCCUCUCUCUCCUUCUAACAAGUACCAGAUGAAGAGAGAUGGAGACGCUUGCUGUCUCUACGUUAGGGAUCUAAAUGAGCAGGACGCAGGACAAUACAAGUGCGUUGCGAAAAAUAAAGAAGGCCAGGCUGAAUGCGAGGCUGCUUUGGAGGUGGUUGAUAAGAUAUCUCGCCGUGAAAAGGUGGAGCCGCCAUCUUUCCUGAAGAAAAUCGGUGACGUGGAAGUGUUCAGGGGACUCAGCGCCAAGUUCACGGCUUGUGCUACGGGCACGCCUGACCCGGAUGUCGAAUGGUUCCGAAACGAUGAGAAAUUAUUCCCCUGCGAGCGUAUUCGUAUGGAUAAGGAGUCGACGGGUCUCCUCCGCCUAACCAUCAGUGGAGUCGAUCCGAGUGACGUCGGGUCCUAUCGAUGCAGGAUAUUCAACCCUCACGGAGAAGAGUCCUGUAUUGCACAACUUACGUAUGACACUCUCGAACCCCAAUCGAACAAGAAGCCGAUAUCCGAGCAGUACUCUGAGUUUGACAAGAUGAAGGCGACGGGUGUGCCAAUGCCGUUGGCAGACAAGCCCAUCAUAUCCCGGAUGGCGGACAGGCAUCUGACGCUUUCCUGGAAACCUUCGAUCCCGCAUCGCCCGAGGUUCCCAGUCACGUACCAGGUGGAAAUGUGCGAAGUGCCAGACGGCGAUUGGUUCACAGCCCGCACGGGUUUACGCUCUUGCGUGUGCGACAUUCGCAAUUUGGAACCAUUCCGCGACUACAAAUUCCGAGUCCGCGUGGAAAACAAGUAUGGCGUCAGCGAUCCUUCGCCCUAUGCUAUAACACACCGGGCCAAGCUGGAACCGGACCCGCCUAAAUUCGUCCCGUACUUGGAACCAGGAAUCGAUUUCCGUCCGGAAACAUCUCCCUACUUCCCGAAAGACUUUGACAUUGAGCGACCACCACACGAUGGUUAUGCGCAGGCGCCGAAAUUCCUUCGUCAAGAGUAUGACUCUCAGUAUGGAGUCAAGGGUCAUAAUGUGAAUUUGUUCUGGUUCGUGUACGGUUACCCUAAACCCAAGAUGACGUAUUACUUCAACGAUGAGCCAAUUGAAGUUGGAGGAAGAUAUGACUGGAGUUACACAAGGAACGGACAGGCCGCGCUCUUCAUUAAUAAAAUGUUAGAACGUGACGUAGGAUGGUACGAGGCAGUGGCAACCAACGAACACGGUCAAGCAAGACAACGUGUGCGUUUGGAGUUGGCAGAGUACCCAACGUUCAUACGUCGACCUGAAGAGAGCGUAGUACUGGUCCGUAAAACAGCUCGCAUCGUAGCGCGGGUCACGGGACAGCCCUACCCAGAAAUCAAGUGGUACAAGGACUGGCAGCCUAUCGCGCCUUCUAGUAGAAUCAAGAUGCACUUCAAAGAGCCAGACACCGUGGUGCUGGUGAUCCACGACGUGAUCCUGAAGGACGAAGGCCUGUACUCGGUCUCGGCUCGUAACCCAGCCGGAGCUGUCAGCUCCUCGGCCAUGCUGCACGUCGAGGAGUGCGAGCACGAGUACUCUUCCAGAGUUCGUGAAAACCCACCCCGUAUAAAGCCAAGCUCGAAGCCAUUUGGAGACUUCUAUGACAUCGGAGAUGAACUCGGCAGAGGCGUUCAAGGAGUUGUUUAUCACGCGGCUGAAAGAUUAUCUGGUCGCAACUACGCAGCGAAGAUAAUGCACGGCCACUCGGAUCUGAAGCCCUUCAUGAAGAACGAGCUGGAAAUCAUGAAUCUGCUCAACGACCGACAUCUUGUGCGUUUGCACGAUGCGUACGAACACGACCACACGCUCGCGCUCGUCAUGGAGCUCGCUUCGGGAGGAGAGCUUGUUAGAGAUCGACUCCUGCGCAGUCAAGGGUACACGGAGCGGGACAUCGCGGGUUACGUCCGACAAUUGCUACGAGGAUUGAAACACAUGCACGAUAAUAGCAUUGCUCAUCUCGGACUUACGAUUGGAGAACUCCUACUCUCCCACGUAGGUUCCGAUGAACUAAAGAUCUGUGAUUUCGGACUGUCCCGUCGCAUUCACUUGAACCAACACGCUGCUUUGAACUACGGAAUGCCCGAAUUCGUGGCCCCAGAGGUCGCUAAGGGAGAGGGCGUGGCCUUCGGAGCUGACAUGUGGAGUGUCGGAAUCAUCACCUAUAUUCUCCUGAGUGGGAGAUCUCCAUUCAGAGGGCUUAACGACAGAGAGACACUCUCGAGAGUAAGAGAAGGACAGUGGGAAUGGUUCGACGAAGAGUGGUGGUCCCGCUUCAGCCUGGAGUCCCGGGACUUCAUCUCCAAGCUAUUAGUACUGGACUGGCGUAACAGGCUCGACGUGGAUUCUGCGCUUGCGCACCCUUGGCUCUCGUUCGCCGAUAAGAUUUACAAGGACGAGUAUAUUAUCACCACGGACCGACUGAGGAGUUAUUACAACUCAUACAGAGACUGGAUGAGCAACGCUUCAUGCCGUACUUGGUUCCGUCGUAGGCCACUAGAGGGUGCCUUCGACCAUCCCUCCAGAAUGGUUUACCCACCAGGAGAACUGUACACACCCGAGGGAACCCCGGAUCGUGACAGGUCCUCCCGUGAAAGGAAAUCAUCGCCUUGGGACCUGAAAUUCAAGCAGUGGGACCACCCAGAUUGGGAGGUGUCAGCCACAUCUGAGAGCCACUACCAAAACGGACCAGACACGUACCUACUGCAGCUCCGAGACACGCAGUUCCCAGUUCGUCUCCGGGAAUACAUGAAGGUGGCUUGUCAUCGCUCGCCAGCGUACAACCUUAGCGUACACGACUCUUAUGACCCACGGACCCCUAUUAUCCGCGAAAGACGUCGCUUUACGGACGUGAUGGACGAAGAGAUUGACGACGAAAGAAAAGAAAGAAUCAACCAAUAUGGCUCUGAAAGCUACACUAUCCGCAGACUGAGGCACGAGCUAGGAACACGUCUGGACAGCUACGCGGAAGCUCAGGCUUUCAUGGAAUCGAAGAAAGAUGGACAUCUGCCCUUCUUCAGAGAAAAACCUCAGAUCCUCCCCGUCAGGGAGGGAGAACCCGCCCAGCUGUCCUGCUACGCCGUAGGUGACCCCAAACCUGUCAUCCAAUGGUUCAAGAAUGACAUGGUCAUAGCCGAAGGUCAGCGCAUCAAGAUCAUAGAAGAUGACCAAGGGCGGUCCACCCUCAAUUUCGACCCGGCCAUGCAUCACGACAUCGGCUUCUACAAAGUGGUAGCGAGGAAUAAAGUAGGACAAACUGUGGCGAGGACCAGAAUUGUUGAAGCAACCACUCCCAACGCUCCCGAUAGCCCCGCAGCCUCUGAAGUAUCAGACACAGAAGUACUUCUCAGGUGGAAGCAACCAAAGUACGAUGGGAACUCCCCCGUCGUCUGUUACAGCCUUCAGUUCAAAGAAGGCGAUAGUGUCGAGUGGAAAACGGUAGCGGAAAACAUCGACCACGAAUUCUUUGUCAUCAGAGACCUGGUCCCGCAAACGAGUUACCAAUUCAGGCUAUCUUCCCGCAACAGAAUCGGAUGGAGCGAGAAAGGAAUCCCAACCACCUUGGUGAAGACUUUGGAAGCUGGAGCUCCCAAAAUUCAAGUCACGAAAGCGAUGAAACACUUGCAGCAGAUGACUGAGUCCGGACAGGAGAUAGUUUUAGACGAGGACAGGCCGAAGUUGGACUACGCGACCGAGGAAAAGUCUCCCGAAUGGGGAACGACCGACCAGUUCACCGAAAGAUACAGCUUCGUGUCUGAACUAUGGCGAGGGAAGUUUUCCAUCGUCGUCAAGGGGAUAGACAAGACGACAGACAGCGUUGUGGUCGCGAAGAUUCUGGAAUGUCGGCCGGAAACGGAAGUCCAGGUUCAGAGGGAGUUCGAGUGUUUGAGGCGUCUGAGACACGAGAGGAUAUCGAACUUAUUCGCCGCUUAUCAGACUCCGGGAUCUCCCGUCGCGGCGUUAGUGCUGGAGAAGCUUCAAGGAGCAGACAUCUUGACGUACCUGUCGAGUAGACACGAUUAUUCCGAGCAGGUAGUGGCUACCAUUAUCACGCAGGUCCUCGAUGGCCUGCAAUACCUGCACUGGCGGGGAUAUUGCCACCUCGACCUGCAGCCUGACAAUGUGGUGCUGGCUUCUGUACGAUCGGUACAGGUUAAACUGGUGGACUUCGGUUCCGCUCAUAAGGUCACCAAGCUUGGAACGAUUGUGCCGCAAGUUGGAGAAUUAGAUUAUAAAGCCCCCGAAGUAAUAAACGACGAAGCAGCAUAUCCCCAAACGGACAUAUGGUCUGUGGGCGUCUUAGCAUACAUUUUACUUUCGGGCGUGUCUCCCUUCCGCGGAUCAGACGACGCAGAGACGAAACAGAACAUCUCCUUCGUGAGAUAUCGCUUCGAACAUCUAUAUAAGGAAAUUACUCAGGAAGCCACCCGUUUCCUGAUGUUCAUAUUCAAGAAGACGCCUCUCAAACGUCCGACGGCAGAAGAGUGCUACGAACAUCGCUGGCUCCACAAUACUGACUUCAUGCUUAGGAAGAGGGAACGAGCCGUUUUCCUUGGAAAUCGGCUUAAGGAAUUUUCUGAAGAAUACCACAGUCGAAAAUCAGCAGAAGCGUCUGAAGCGGAUAGCGUAGCGUCGGCUUUUCCCGGUUUGUCGCCGCGAAUGCUGGCGCGCUCCAACAGCAUACAGGACGAACUCAUGACUAACUUCACUGCUCCAUAAAUAUGUUGCCAACAAUUGAAAGACUUUCUUUUUUACCAACGCGUAAAAGAUGGCAACACUCAUUAACAUGCUCACUUCACAGACUAUUAAAAUUAAACAGUUUUUCAAAAUACAAAUUGGUGGUAAAUUUGACUGACAUUUAAAAUAAGACAACUAUUAUCACUUUCUUGUUUUAGUUUUAAGUAAAAUUUACGUUUUUUAAAAUGUAAAUAAAUUUAUAAUCUUUUAAAGCGAAUGCUACAUAACAUGUCUAGUAUAGUCAAUUAUCAUCUUUAUUUUAAUUAUUUUGACUGUUCUCACUUUGUAUUACAAGUGACCACCACUCGCUCUAGUCAAGCUAUUGUUACGAAAUAAUUGUUAAGUUUAUUGUACACUUUUCUAUUUAUUUAUACAAUUGGUUACUUCAGUAUUAUUGAAGCCAAAUAAAAUAUUACUUCAAAA